AUGUCAGAAGGUAGUUAAGAUCUUCCAUUGUUGUAAUUAAUAUAGCUAUUACCUUUGUUUAAAGGUGAUCAUCAAGAGUUAUUGAUUUAAGCAAUUUCAAAUAUUACAACAAAGUAGAAGGACUUUAAAUAAGAUUAAUUAAAUUUAGACUCAAGAUCAGUGGAAUGCGUUUGCACAAUAUUGUUGCAAAAUAUGAACAGAAGUGUUAAGAACUUCUCUCAUAUUAUUUUAAAUCUUAGUAAUAAUAAGGAGAACCAACAAUUAAUUAUAAAAUAUAUAAAGGAAUUUAUUUAAAGGAUAACUAGAGAAAUAAAUAAUAACUUUGACAAAUAAUGCUAAUAUGAUGAGAUCUUUACGGCAGAUAAAGUUCUAAUCAAUGUAUUUUAGUUUGUUAGAGAAAUGAAUGAUAAAAUAGGUGAAAAUAAUGACUAACAAGAUACAAGAAGCAAUUUCAAGGAAUUGUUGGAAGAUUAAGGUUUAAUAUAAUUGUGGAGAAAUUUGAUAAAACUCUUACAAGAUAUACCUUAACAAAAGUUAGCAAAAUUAAGUACAAAAAUAUCUCCAUAUUUGGAAUGCUUUUUCAUUAUCUAUUAAUUAGUUAAUCCUAUUAGAAAGAAUAAAAAUGUUUAAAGAGAACCAACAAAGAUCGCUAGUAUGGAAGGAUAAUAAUAGGAGGUUUAAGAACAAUAAUUGCAUGAUGAAUUAUUCUAAUAGAUUUGUGAGAGUGGCAAGGUUCUAUUGAAUAUGAUGAUUAGAGAGAGAUUAUAAGAAUUGAGAGAGAAAGGGAAGUUGGUUAAUGAUUCUUUAGGAGUGAUAAUAUUUAAGAAUCCUAGAAUAGUAGAUUUUGAUAAUAAGCAGAAGUAUUUCAAGAUGGAGUUGAAACAAUUGAAAAUGCAGAACAAUAGACAUCAUUAUGGAAAUAUCAAUUUAAGAUGUAGAAGAAAGGAUAUAUUUAUGGAUUCAUAUCAUCGUAUAAGCAAAUUAAAGCCAGAAGAAUUGAAGGGUAAAUUACAUGUGGAAUUUGAUGGAGAAGAAGGAGUUGAUGCAGGGGGUGUCACUAGAGAAUGGUUUUUAAUGCUUUCAAAAGAGAUUUUCAAUCCAAAUUAUGCUCUCUUUACUCCAUCAUUAAAUGGGCAAAUGUUUUAACCAAGCAAUAAAUCUCAUGUGAAUCCAGAUCAUGUUAAAUAUUUUAAAUUCAUCGGAAGAAUUGUAGGUAAAGCACUAUAUGAUGGAUAAUUAUUGGACACAUAUUUCACACGUUCUUUUUAUAAACAUAUUUUGGGUUAGAAAUUAACAAUUCAUGAUAUGGAGGACAUAGAUUUAAAUGAAUAUAAUAGUAUGAAGAAAAUUUUAGAAGAAAAUGUUACAGAUUGGGGAAUCUAUUGGACAUACAAUGUUGAUCACUUUGGUAAACUAGAAGAAAGAGAAUUAAUUGAAGGAGGAAAAACAAAGUUAGUUACUGAAGAGAAUAAAUAAGAGUAUGUUCAGAUUUACUGUUAUUAAAAGAUGGCUAAAGAAAUUAAGGAUUAGAUUGAAGCAUUUUUGAAUGGAUUUCAUGAAUUGAUACCAUAAUCAUUAGUAAGCAUUUUUGAAUGGAAAGAAAUGGAGCUAAUGUUGUGUGGUCUACCUGACAUUGAUCUUGAGGACAUGAAGGAAAACAUUGAAUAUCAUGGUUACGAUAAAGAAAAUAAAGUAAUUUAGUGGUUAUGGGAGUUGUUAGAGAGUUUCGAUAAAAGUAAAAGAGCAGCAUUCUUGUAAUUUGUUACAGGCACUUCUAAAGUUCCUUUAGGAGGAUUCAAGGAGUUAAAAGGAAUGCAUGGCCCUCAAAAAAUAUAAAUACAUAAAAAACCUUAUGUCAAUUUUGAAUUACCUACAUCACACACAUGCUUUAAUUAAUUAGACUUACCUGAUUAUCCAGCUAGAUAGAUUUUAAAGGAGAAAUUGGAGCUGGCAAUUAUGGAAGGAAAAGAAGGUUUUGGUUUUGCUUGAUAUAAAAUAAUUUCACAUUAUUUAGAAUAAUUUAACUAUUUUUUU